GGGCAUCCCAGGACCUCCAUCAGUUACCAGGGAGAAGUCAACAAAAUGCAAACCAUGCAAAGAUCACACUCAACGGCUUGUGAGAUUGAUUCGCAUCACGAGUCAAAAUCUCAACAUGUUGCGGCUCGGAAAGCCCCGCACGUACGACGAGGCAACAAAUGACCCAUAGGAUACUGCUUCAACGCCGAUAGGCGCGCUCGAAAAAUUGCAAAAAAACGCUGGAUGCAGGACAAAGAAAGGAGAGGAAUCAGCCACGGAUGACUAAGACGUCCGGAACCUUGCUAAACCAGUCCCUAUCCUAGGUCCUGGGACUCUUGACACCUCAGUUUCAGUCUUUUACUUACCCUCACUAUCGCAUGAUGUGGGAGCCAGAACCCCCGCGACCGUUGCCAGUGUGCAUUCUGCAAGAAGUCUUUUCCACAGCACCGAUUUACGACCUCAUUUUAUGUGAUCUGAGCCCUCGCACCCUCGUGUGGCUUUCGCGCACAUGUCGUCGUGCACAUGAGGCAGUAACUCACUUCACCCGCCGUGCGUACAAUAUCAACCGACACUUGUCUCGUUAUUUCCCGGAUCCCCUCGCAUUUCGAUCCCUCCAAGCACGCACCGGACUAGUCAUUUCAGGCUCCAAUGCGUUGCAGUUCCUUGAUAGGAGCUUUUAUCCCGAAUCAGACCUUGACCUCUACGCUCAUCCUGGUCACGUUUACGAGGCGCUAGAGUGGCUCGACUCUGUUGGGUAUAAAUUCCAACCUGAGUCGUGGCAGCAACAGGAUUGGCAUGAUGAAGUUUCAGCUGACUGGGACGGCACAGCAAGAAGAGUCGACCAAAACGGAGAGAUGAUGAUCAAUCAUGAACCAGACAUGGAAUACUCUGAUGUCGCUGGUGUUUACACGUUCACGCGCUCUGUAGCUAUGGACACAGAGACGGUAGUGCUCAAGGUUCAAAUCAUCGCAACAAAGUGCAAUCCUAUCCAGACUAUCACGCAAUUUCAUUCAACUUGCGUGAUGAAUAUCAUUACGUUCAACGCAGCUUAUUCCUUUUACCCCGUUGCAACCUUCGAGGAGCGAAUGGCCAUCCAAAUCCCCGGGUCGAACCAAUUGAAUGCCGUCGCAAAGUAUGUGCAGAGGGGUUGGAGAGUCUACGCAGUGUUCGGGCCGGAACAUGCCGCUCGUCCCCAACUAUUUCUUUUGGACGAGAAGAGGUGGGUGGGCGAUCGUCACUGUUGGUCCAUUCCUCUGGACACUACGGGGGUCACGCCCCGCCCACAAUUGUCCAUAUCCUCAGAACACUUCUCCUGGGACCCCUCAGUCGAGAAUGGUUGGAUAAUGGUGUGCGGAGGUUAUUCUACCGCUACCCAUGUACCAAGAAUUCGCACUCAUCUAGUCAUGAUCACCAUUUUCCGUUACAACUAUAUCUAUCCUGAUGACAAGCUUGCCAAGGCAAUUCGUGACUGGUCGCUGUCCCAGGGCCGACUUAACCACACACAAUUAAUAAGACAGAAUUGGAUAUGGUGUGUUCAUCUCUACCCAAAUGAUGCAUUGCAUUAACACAUGUGUACUAGGUUCGACGCUGAAAUUCCAAGGUUCCGGAGUGUGUGGAGUUCUCCUGGACAGUCAGACUCUAAACGUACGAGAAGAUGAAAUGUGUAUUGUAUUUGUCGGUCACAAAAAUUUUAUGACAGUUGGC